AUGAGCAGCACGUCCCAUGCUCCAGGCCGGGGCGAGGAUAUCGAAGCUCAACCUGAAGAUCGCAAGGAUGAAAAAGCUGAAGUGUUCGAUUUGCGCAACUUUAUCCUCACUCGACAAGCGCAGGCCGAAUCUGAAGGCAAGAACACACAUCACAAACCAGUUGGCGUUGCAUGGCGUAAUCUCGACGUAUACGCGCCGCCAGGUACAAGAGGCGGCGUUUUUGUAAAAACGCUGCCCGUUGCCAUCGGUAACACGGCAUGGCGGGAUCCGUUGAACAUCCUUUAUUUCCUCAUUUCGGGCCUCUCCAAGCUCAGAAAAUCUAAACCUUUCGGUGAAUCAGCGCCUACUCCAAUCUUGCAAGGCCAUAUGGGCAUUCUGCGCCCAUCUGAAAUGCUCCUUGUCCUCGGUCGUCCCGGCUCAGGCUGCUCCACGACCCUGCGUGCCUUGACGUCAAAUCUUGCUUCGAACCUCUCACGCACCGGCUCACUAACCUACGGUGGCUUUGACCAGGAAGAGGUCGCGCGCAAGAUGAGAGGCGAAGUCAUCUUCAUUGACGAGGAAGACACGCACUUCCCCACACUCACCGUCGCACAGACACUGCGCUUUGCGCUCAGGACCAAGGUUCCUCACAAAAAGUCGCGGGUCGACGGCGAGAGCAGAAGCGUGUUCAUCGAGACGCUCAUCGAUGUAUUGCUCAAGAUGUUCGCCAUGUCGCAUGUCCGUGACACGAUUGUCGGCGGCGCAGCUGUUCGUGGCAUCUCUGGUGGAGAGCGCAAGCGUGUCACCAUCUCAGAAGGCUUGGCUACACGUGCCGCGGUCAUCGCAUCGGACAAUUCAACACGAGGUCUCGAUGCUUCCACCGCCCUCGAGUAUGCCCGUUCGCUCAAAAUCAUUACCGACCUGAGCAAGCGCACGUCCAUUGCUACGCUCUACCAGGUCUCUGAGAGCAUCUACAAUCUCUUUGACCGCGUAUGCGUGAUCGACAAGGGACGCUGCAUCUACUAUGGCCCUCGUGAACAGGCGAGGCGAUACUUUGAAGAGUUAGGCUACUUUGCCGGUGCGCGUCAGACCACAGCCGACUUUGUCACCGCUGUCACGGACCCUCUGCAGAUGGAGUUCAGAGAAGGCUUCGAGAACAGCGCUCCACGCACUGCCGCACAGCGUGAGCAAGCUUGGAAGAACAGCGAGCUCUAUUCCAAAUUGGAGAAGGAGUACGAGGAAUACAUGCAGCAAGUGCGCGACAGCGAGAGUGAAGAGGCAGAGCAACUGAAGGCCAUUGUUCGCGACGAGAAAAACCAGGGCGUGCGCAAAGGGUCCUCCUACACGGUUUCAUUUUGGGAGCAGAUCAAGGCGACGAUCGUCCGUCAAAUACAGAUUAAGCUUGCUGCACGCGAGGAGUUGCAGACCAAGAUUAUCACCGUGAUCGGCGUCUCUCUCAUGAUCUCCUCACUCUUCUACAAUCAGCCUUUCGACAGCUCCGGAACGUUCAUGCGCGGCGGUAUCCUUCUCUUUUCGACUCUCUUCGUAGGGUGGCUGCAGCUAUCAGAAGCUUUCGAAGCCGUUUCUGGUCGUCCCAUCUUAUUCCGCCACAAACAGUUUGCCUUCGCUCAUCCGUCUGCGAUCGUCAUCUCUCGCGCACUCGUCGAUAUCCCUCUUUUAGUAUUGUUUGCAACGCUCACUUCGGUCAUCACCUACUUCCUUGCGCACCUCCGUGUGAGCGCGGGUGGCUUUUGGCUGUAUUUCAUCUUUGUCUUCCUGUCAGCGUACUCAUUCACUGCGCUGUACAGGCUUUUUGCUGCACUUUCACCCAGCUUCAACGAGGCGAUUCGCUUCUCGGCGUUGGCUUUGAACGUGUCGAUCGUCUUCUCUGGCUACGUGCUUCCGCGUAACAUGAUGAACUGGACCGUGUUCCUUUCAUGGAUUAAUGCAACCUCCUAUGCGUUCGAAGGAUUCAUGGCAAAUGAGUUCCGCUACCCGAUCGAAUGCUCACCUGCACAUAUCGUUCCCUUCAACGAGGUGCGCAACCCUGCUUAUCAGACUUGUGCGCUGGCGGGUGCGACCGCCGGCUCGCUCACCGUGGACCCGGAGGCGUAUCUUCAAACCUCUUACGGCUACUCAACGGGUCACAUUGGUCGCUCGCUCGGCGCUGUCAUCGGCUUCACCUUCCUAUAUCUCAUUCUCACCGUCAUCUUCUCCGAGAUCUUCGACUUCCAAGGCGCUGGUGGCGUCAACGUCUUUGCGCGCACCAAGCGCACCAAGAGACAACUCCGUUCAUCUAACCGUCCUAUGGAUAUCAAAGUCGAAAAGGUGGCCUCUAACACAAGUCCCACCUCUCCUAACCCAGCAGAGACCAUCAAGCCCAGUUUGUCCAGGCUGGUAAGGUACGAAAGCAAGCCAAUCUUCACAUGGCGAAAUGUCAAUCUCGAGCUCGACUCUGGUCGCAAGCUUUUGCAAAAUGUUGAUGGCUUGGUCCGUCCUGGGCGUAUGACAGCUCUCAUGGGUGCAUCCGGAGCUGGUAAAACAACUCUUAUGUGUGCGCUGUCGCAGCGCGCUGUGGCGGGUAAGUUCAAUGGUGAGGUCCUCGUCGACGGAAAACCUCUUGGCCCAGGCUUCCAAAAAUCGACUGGCUUCGUUCUUCAAGGCGACAUCCAUGUCGGCACUCAGACAGUCCGCGAAGCGAUUGAGUUUGCCGCUCUGUUGCGACAGUCGGCGGAAGUAUCCCGCGAGCAGAAGCUUAAGGACGCGCAGGCAGCCAUCGAAUUGCUUGAGCUAACAGAUCUUCAAGAUGCGGUGAUUGGCAUGCCUGGAGCUGGACUUAACGUAGAGCGCCGGAAGAGAGUCAGCAUUGCUGUUGAGCUUGCUAGCAAGCCUGAUCUGCUGCUUUUCCUCGAUGAACCUACCAGUGGCCUUGACUCAGCAGGUGCUGCGUCGAUCGGCCGCUUGCUCCGUCGCCUUGCUGAGGAUGGCCAGGCCAUUCUCUGCACGAUCCACCAGCCAUCCUCUGAGCUUUUUGAAAGUUUCGACGACGUCAUUUUGCUCCAGAACGAGGGGCGCCUGACUUACGCUGGGCCGAUCGGCGACUCGACCGUAAUCAACUCGCACCGCAAUUCGAACGUCGUGCGCGAGUACUUCGAGUCUCACGGCGGUGAAUACUGCCCUCCUGAUGCUAACGUGGCUGAAUACCUACUCGAGACGGUCUCCAGUGUGCGUGGCGACGGAAUGCAGUGGAACGAACGCUGGCUCGUUUCUGAAGAAUGCAAGCAACUCAGAGAGUGGAUCGAUAACGAGAACCAACAACGCCGAUCCCGUCCGGUUGUGGAGGAUUCAAGGGCUACGCGCGAAUUCUCAGCAAGUGCUUGGGUGCAGCUGACCGAGGUUACAAAGCGACAAUUCAGAGACCUUUGGCGCGAUUCCUCGUAUGCCUACGGCGUGCUCUUCUCCAACUUUGUCGUUGGCUUUGUUGCAGGUGGCGCAUUCGCUCACGUUGGCAACAGCUCGCGUGACUUGCAGAACCGGGCUUUCGUCGUAUUCUUGGUCAUUCUCAACUUCCCAGCAGUCAUCAAUGCGAUUAUUGCAAAAUUCUUCGAGUUACGCAUCAUUUUUGAGGCAAGAGAGUCUCCGUCAAAGACGUUCGCAUGGUGGGCACUGGUUGCAGCGUUCAUCAUCACGUCGCUGCCCAUCGCGGUGAUCGCUUCGAUCAUUUACUUUUUAACGAGCUUUUUCCUGCCGUUCUACUCGCAAUCUACCUCUACGGCAGGUUACUUUUACCUUAUGACUUUGUUGAUCAACAUUUUCGAAAUCGUGUUCUCGAUCAUGCUUGCGGCCUCCUCUCCGACCCCGGUGACUGCUUCGAACCUAUUGCCUUUCAUCCUGCCCAUUCUGGCCAUCGUCAAUGGUGUCAUGGUCCCGCAGACGCAGUUGCCGCAGCCUUGGAAAUCGGUCUACUGGACGAAUCCUAUUGCCUACUACAUACGCGGUCAAGUCGCGAACAUCCUCGCCGGCGUGCCCGUGGUCUGCGACGAACCCGACACGUACCGCUUCGACCCUCCCCCCGGUCAGUCAUGUGGUGCUUACGCGGGCGAGUGGGCGCAGGCUGCAGGUGGUUAUAUUGAGGAUGUCAAUGCGACAGCCGGUUGCGGCUACUGUCCAUACAGGAGCGGAGACAUGUUCUUAAGCUCGCUGAACGCGGUACGUCCUGCGUGCAUGCCCUUUUGUCGAUUGAGACUUGGAGACUGACGAUUACGAACCUCGAGCCGCUUGCAGCCCUACAACUUCCGUUACGGCGCAUUCAGCAUUCUGCUUGGCUUCUGCAUCCUCAACAUCUUCGCUAGCUUCCUGCUUUACUGGUUCUUCCGCGUGCACGGCGGAAUGAGCUUCGCACCGCUGCGUGCCGCUGUCCUUUCGCCAUUCAGGUGGUUCAGCAGGCAGAAGCAUGUUUGAAACUGCGGUCUUCAGAGAGUGAGAGAAGACGAUUGAGUAUUGGAACGUGAUCGUUGGGUCUGCUUGCAUCUUAUAGACGUUCUUGCUCUCUUGGCUUGUAAUGCAUGCUGCAGCCCGAUCUCGCACACUUUGUAACCAUCCGGUUACCCAUGGACUCCUGUACUGCUCUAUACGCCCUGGCUGUGGCUCAACCGCUCACCUUCAUGUUGAUUUAUGGGAAAGA